UAAAACAUUAAAAAAAAAAAAAAGCAAAAAGGCAGAUCGCAGACUGUGGGAAGUACAACAGGGUCAUGAGAAAUGCACAAGGCUCAAAUGCAGAGCAGCGAGUGCAGCUCAGCCCAGCAGCACGGCUGCAGCAGGGCCACUAUUGGUACGCAUAGUGCCAGCAUCCUGUUCUGGACCUCAGAGCAGACCUGGGACCUGCUGUUUCCCAGCAGAGCAAGUGGCACGUUGCCAGUGCCUACAGCACUCCAUACAGCUGCUGACUGACAGGCUCACCAGGAUCAACCAUCUGAUACAGGUCCAUAGAGGAAGUAUCUCUCUCCUCCAGUAAAAUAGCACAGGAGAAUUGCAUCCUGGCACUGUUAGAGGGAAUGUAAUGAGGGGAGCAUCAUCAGUCCCUGAUCCCUAAAGUCCAGGCAAGCAGAAACGAGAGGCUAUGGCCUAGGAAACCUUGUAGAUAGCCUCAGUGCCAUGGGAGAGAAGGCCCAUCCAUGGUGUGCCAGUGCACUGCAAGCCCAGGGAGCAUUACCAGGAUAAGGAACAGUGCAGUGAGCUCUCAGCAUAGCUCUGUGCUCUGUGGCCCAGGGCCCUUGUUUCUCUCGUGCUGUUGUAACUCCUGCCUCUGUGACAAUGGCUUCCAGAACGCAGAGGAAAACUCUCGCAUCUCAAUCACCUUCUUCCGACUCUUCCGCGUGAUGCGUCUUGUGAAGCUCCUGAGCCGAGGGGAGGGCAUCCGGACACUGCUUUGGACCUUCAUCAAGUCCUUCCAGGCUCUCCCCUAUGUGGCUCUUCUAAUAGUGAUGCUGUUCUUCAUCUACGCCGUGAUUGGGAUGCAGGUAUUUGGUAAAAUUGCGCUGAACGAUACCACAGAAAUCAACCGCAACAACAACUUCCAGACCUUCCCCCAAGCGGUGCUGCUGCUUUUCAGGUGUGCCACCGGUGAGGCCUGGCAGGAAAUCAUGCUGGCGUGUCUCCCAGACAAGAAGUGCGACCCAGAGUCAGAGCCAGCCAACUCCACUGAAGCUGACCAUUCCUGUGGCAGCAGCUUCGCUGUCUUCUACUUCAUAAGCUUCUACAUGCUCUGUGCCUUCCUGAUCAUCAAUCUUUUUGUAGCUGUUAUAAUGGAUAACUUCGAUUACCUGACACGGGACUGGUCCAUUUUAGGACCACAUCACCUAGAUGAGUUUAAAAGGAUCUGGGCAGAGUAUGACCCUGAAGCCAAGGGACGGAUCAAGCACUUGGACGUGGUGACAUUGCUCCGGCGGAUUCAGCCUCCACUGGGCUUCGGGAAGCUUUGCCCUCACCGAGUGGCUUGCAAACGCCUUGUCUCCAUGAAUAUGCCACUGAACAGCGAUGGAACUGUCAUGUUCAAUGCCACUCUCUUUGCACUGGUUAGAACUGCACUGAGGAUCAAGACGGAAGGUAACCUGGAGCAAGCCAAUGAAGAGCUUAGAGCAAUAAUUAAGAAAAUCUGGAAGCGCACCAGUAUGAAGUUGCUGGACCAGGUGGUGCCUCCUGCAGGUGAUGAUGAGGUGACUGUUGGGAAGUUCUACGCCACUUUCCUGAUUCAAGAGUAUUUCCGGAAAUUCAAGAAACGCAAAGAGCAGGGCCUGGUGGGCAAGCCUUCCCAGCGCAACGCACUCUCCUUGCAGUUUGCUGUUUUGCAGGCUGGUUUGCGCACACUUCACGACAUUGGUCCAGAGAUCCGACGAGCGAUCUCUGGAGACCUGACAGCUGAAGAAGAGCUAGAUAAGGCUAUGAAAGAAGCUGUUUCUGCUGCCUCUGAAGAUGAUAUCUUCCGGAGAGCCGGAGGCUUGUUUGGAAACCAUGUCAGUUAUUACCAAAGUGAUGGCAGGAGUGCGUUCCCCCAGACAUUCACCACCCAGCGACCUUUGCACAUCAAUAAGUCUGGCAACAACCAGGGAGAUACCGAGUCUCCAUCUCAUGAGAAGUUGGUGGACUCCACCUUCACUCCCAGCAGCUACUCAUCUUCAGGCUCCAAUGCAAACAUCAACAAUGCCAACAACACUGCCCUGUGCCGCUUCCCAAGCCCACCCAGCUAUCCCAGCACUGUCAGCACAGUGGAAGGCCAUGGGACUCCAUUGUCACCCACCAUACGUGUGCAAGAAGCUCCUUGGAAAUUACCAUCCAAAAGGACGCACUACUACGAAACAUUGGGACGCUCCAGUUCCAGAGACAGCCAGCUGGCAAUUGUUUGCCAAGAGGAAGUGUCUCAGGAUGAGACUUAUGAUGAAAAUUUGAAUGAAGACAUUGAGUACUGUAGUGAACCAAGUCUGCUCUCUACUGAAAUGCUCGCAUACCAAGAUGACGAAAACAGACAACUUACUCCACCAGAAAACAACAAAGGAGAGGACACCCGGCACUCUCCGAAGAAAGGGUUUCUGUGCUCCUCAGCACUAGGUCGACGAGCAUCUUUUCACUUAGAGUGUCUGAAAAGACAGAAAAACCAGGGCGUAGAUGUCUCGCAGAAGACAGUUCUGCCUUUACAAAUGGUACAUCAUCAGGCAUUGGCAGUGGCCGGCCUGAGCCCCCUCCUCCAGCGAAGCCAUUCCCCCACCACGUUCUCCCGGCUGUGUGCCACACCGCCUGCUACACCCUGCAGCCGAGGCUGGCCACAGCAGCCCAUCCCGACGCUGCGCCUCGAGGGGGCUGAGUCCAGCGAGAAGCUCAACAGCAGCUUCCCCUCCGUGCACUGCAGCUCCAGAUUCCCCGACAGCUCUGACAGCCCAAGAAGAGCCAGGCCGGUGUCCCUCACCGUCCCCAGCCAGACAGCGGGGAGCAGCAGGCAGUUGCAUGGCAGCGCCAGCAGCCUGGUCGAAGCGGUAUUGAUUUCGGAAGGACUGAUGCAGUUUGCUCAAGAUCCAAAGUUCAUUGAGGUCACGACCCAGGAACUCGCUGAUGCCUGCGACAUGACGAUAGAAGAGAUGGAAAACGCAGCAGACAACAUUCUCAAUGGUAACAGCAAGCAGAGCCCCAAUGGCAACCUGUUGCCUUUUGUUAACUGCAGGGACGCAGGGCAGGACAGUGCAGGCGAGGAAGAGGAAGAGGUGCAGAACCCGGAUUGUAGAAAAAGUCAGGAGGAGCUGAAGGACAGCAGGAUUUAUAUCAGCAGCCUGUAGUUGCCAGGGCUGGAAGCGAUGCUGGUUUUUUAUUUGUUUCAAUGUUCCUAAUGGGUUUGUUUCAGAAGUGCCUCACUGUUCUCGUGACCUGGAGUAACCGGAACAGCGUUCUUCAUUCAUUUCUGUUGGGACGAGUCGCAGAGUUGGGUGGUGGCAGAGAGCUUGUCAGGAGCGGAUAGGACCCCGGCACGCAGCCGCCUGGAAAGAGUGCGGCGCCCAGGAGGAGAGCCAGCUCCCUCUUUUUCCAGUCCCUGCACAAGGCACGACGACUGCCUCCCAAGGGCGGCCCAGCCAAACGCGCCCAGCCUCCAGUGGGCAUCCUUCAACUUUGCUUGUAAAAAUCAUUUUGCACAUGUUCUGUCCGAGCCUCACCGCCCCUGGCCACCCCGGCCCCGCCGCCCGGGCCCGGAGGACGCAGCGCCGCCAAAAGGGGAGCGCGGGGACUGCAGUGGCUCCUGCUGUUGGCCAAUCAGAGCUCGAGGGUUGCUCACCAGCCAACCCGUGUGCGGGCAAGUCACCUGCCGACCAAUUGGAGCUCAGACAGCCGAGCCCGCCAGCCAGUGGGAGAGUGGGGAGUGGCCAGGCACGGGUCUCUCCUUGUCCCACAGUUCGGUGUUUCCUUGAGAGCAUGUUGCGGUUUUUAUUUUGACUAUUUUAUUUUUAUUAUAAUUUUUCAGAGGGAGAAGGGAGUGUUUACAAGGUUCUGUAACCACCUACCUUUUUGUUUGGGUUUAUUUUCACCUUUGCAGAUGUUACAUUGGUUUGACCAUGUUAUAUUAUUUAAGCCAGGUUCUUUUCUCCAUUGGCAUUUGGUAUAAGCAUAACGCUGUAGGCGAGUUUUACUGAUCACUAUGUACACCGAGACUCUGUCAUCUGAUUUGCAAGCGAGCAGAACCUCCUUUUUUUGUUGUUGUGUUAUCAUAUAAUGGCAGCAGGCAGCACACUUGGCACAGCCCCACACGUCCCAGGGACCAAUGGGGCCGUUGGGAUGCAGUGCUGAAGUAGUGCCUGCUGUCGGGAGGGGAAUCAGUAACUCUUUGCAUUUUCUGUUCCACAAGAUAUGCAAAAACAAUGCAAUAAUAUUAAUUUUAAAAUACAAUCGUAAGUCGUGUUGGCAUUAAAACUGUAUAGAAAAAAAAAUUAACGGGGUGGGGGGACAACCAAGCAGAAGGCGUUACGCUUCAAUAUAUUCCGUGUGAUGUUUUAUUGCAUUGAUGAUGUUUCUGUUGAAGAAACCGUUAUACUUGAAUUCAGGUCAGUUUCGGUAUUUUUCAAAUAUUUUUUUAAAAGGAAUUGCAAUUGUGCCAAGCAAAUAUAUCGAAUCGAAUUAAGUUUGUUUAAGAAGAAAAAAAAAAAGAAAAAAAGAGUCACUUCUUGUAUAUUUUGCUGCAUGUCAAGUGAAUCAUUUCGUAUUUGGAAUGUGCCAAGCUUUACCUUUGAACUUUUAAGUGCUUUUCUACGUGUGGUCGGGGACAGGGGUACUAUUUUUUUUCCUUUUUUAAUUUGUACAAUGAACAAAGUGUACCUGGUGUAAGUAACUAUUCUGCAAUCCACUGACAGGUCGAACGUUACUGAUUUUGCAUAUCUUGUGUUCAUUACCCUUCCUCGUCAGCUCUUUAAACAUGCACGAUGACUUUGUUGGUAGAGUACCUUUCUUCCCGAGGCCGGGAUGUUUUUUCAGGCUUUGUUUUCUUUCCUUUUGCUCAGCCUCUCUGAAAGUCUCUUCCCACGAGAGAGUGGCAAGAUCCCCAAGCCCAUGUGGAAGAUCCAUCCCAUGUCUUCAGCUGGCACCAGCAAUUCAGGGAGGGGGAAAGCACCUGCUUGCAGAUUGAGGUUAGAUAGUUCAUCCUGAUCGUUGUAAGAGGAUCUUGGAUUAAGCAAAUGCAAAUGGCAGAAUCGUUUGCAAAAUAAAUGUGCUUAACUCUGGGCUAAAAGCACUGGGUAAGUGAGGGACAGAGCACUGAAUCAUUGCUUAGGAAAAUUGCUGUGGUCUGGUCAUGACACGGAUGUUUGGUGAUUUUUGUGUGUUUCCAUGAGCGUUCCCAGACCUUAGCAUAUGGGUCAUGCUCUAAGUCACAAAACAUCCGAUGGCGCAGCAUGUCCCAGCCAUAUUUCCCUGCUGCUGAGUGUGAAUCUCUCCUGAUUCACCCCACGAUGGUACACGGCCCUAACCUGUGGCAGAGGCUGAGAAACCAGGGAGAUAUUAUUAGAUUUCAUGUGUCUGAUUUCUGUCUAGACUGCUGCUGGUUUUCUCCCUUUUCAAGAUGUUUCACAAACUUGAUGAGUGCUCAGAGGUGUGAUCUGACUCAGAGCUAAACUUCCAUUCCAGUCUUGAACUUCACAGAUGUUUGAGUAUAUCAUUUAUUAUGUGUUUUUGUAAUGCCCUUGGGUUUACUUCUUGACUCUGCUGGGGCCACUAAGCAGAAAUAGUGGAAGAUAUUUUUGAAAGUGCACUUUUUCCUUGUUAUUCUGAACUGGCCAGUAGCAGCUCAAGAUGCCUUGCCAACCAAAAUCCUUUUAAAGUGGGGAAAUGUGAACCCACUUAAGCAACCAUCUGGUAUCAGAGUCCCAAUCCAAGUCCUGGAGAAAGCAACCACCUGAAGUCUGUCAGCCUCAUUUUUUCCAUCCCUCUUGUCUGUACUGUGAUUGGCAUGCGAGCAGUUCUCCCUUUGUGAGUUUGCUGUUGGUAGCUCUGCAGUGCUCCAAAGCUACUUGAAAGUAAAUAAUGCUGUACUGGCUGUUUUCUGAAAACGAAAGUAGCAAAGGGGCUCCCUAUCUCAUUUUCCUCCACUAGAAAGUCCCCCGGCCCUCCCAGUAAGAGACAGGGGUGCUCCUUGCUCCUGAUUAAUAAAGUACUGGCCUAGAGCAGCGGAGGCAAGGGGCAUUCUGGAUGUCUGCCAGCACUUGUCAUCUUUUAGGACUUUUCCUGAAGGGAAGGAGAAGAAUGGAAAGGACUGUGCCCUGCACAUUGCUGGUGAAGCUGUAGCUCCCCCAUGGGUCAAAGCCGACAAUAGCCAGGAAGUCGCAGCCUGCUGGAAAAUGGCUUAGGUCCUGCAGAGUGAGAAGUGCAUGGCUAGCAGAGCAUGCAGAUGCCUUGUGCUGUCUGAGGGGCAGGUGUUCAAUAUAGGCAUUGCUGGUGCCAGCUGUGCAAUUUCUCUUUCUGGGGAGGGUGGCUUUUUUGUUUAUUUGUUUUGUUUAUUUCUAUUUGAGAUACACGCAACGUGUACAUUGUGACAGGUCUGAGCAAAGAGCUACUGCCUCCUUCAGGUGAGGUGGAGUCUGGGGGUGAUGGAAGUGGGACAGGCAUAGUACGUGGGGGUCCUUCCUCUCCCAGUGUGCAGGAGUAGAUGAUGGGUACAGUCACUGUGCUGUGGAUGGAAGCCACGGAGGAACCAAUGGCCAAGGAGUGGCAUGGAAAGAAGGAGAGAAAGGGGAAAACGAUCUGCUGUUUGCCACUGAGCAUCUCUGACUUGCAGGAGUACGCUGCAGACUAAAGACAUUUCUUACAAAACAACAAACCUCAUCCCUUUACCACUCCUGCUCAUUACUCCAGGCAGUACUGGGCCAGCCACACCGGGUGCAUUUCUUUUUUCUUCCUUAUUCUGUGUGGCUGAUGUGACAGGGAAGCAAGCGGAACUCGUGGUCCAGAGCUGGAGUUUCACUAUCCACAGACCUUUUUUGCAUCACCUGUAUCUUCAGCUGGACAUACGGAUGAUGAUGGCGUGGAUGCUGCUGCUGCUGCAGGGUCCAGCCUGGUUUGUUACCCUGCCCACUUCACCCAGCACGGAAGGACAGCCAGAGAGGUGCCAUGUACAGAACCGCAUCUAUUUCUGCUUUGUUUUCUGACUCAGAACCCUGCCCCCAGUGACUAUGACAACGAUGAUGAAAACAACAACAACAAAAAAAGGGCAAAUGCAUUUUUUACAUUUCUUGAUAAUUUCCAAAGCAAUGUAUCAUUGCUUUCUUUAGACUGACGCCAAUAUAACAGUUGUAUGGGUCUCAGCCAGGCUCCUGUGUCUUUUCUGCCUGAUAGUUUCAGAUUGCUGUAUGAAAUGUAUGCGCGUUUGCACACAGACACAAUCGCACAAGGUGACAGCACCACGAGCCCGUGGGGUUGCAGACUUGUGUUGAAGGUGAAGCUGGAGGCCUUGCUUCAUACGUCUAGGUGAGAAACCCCAACCCAUGGGCCCAGAAAGCUGAAGUGGGGCAUCCCCACUGAGUCCAAACUGAGCAUCCUAUGGUAUGGGCCAGUUGAGACUGUCCCAGGAUAGGGUGGGAAGAGGAACAGUGAGUGGGAACCAAGUAAAUAGAAUCCAUUCAGAGGCUUCUGGCAGUGGUGAGAUUUUGUAAGUUCCAAUAAUUAAUUUGUAGCGUGUAUUUAAAAAAUAUAUAUUCCAGGCCAUCAGAAGCCCCUGUUCCCAUCUUGGUAACACAAGGAUAGAGUUCACUACUGGUCAGGGACGUUUUACUAAUGUAAAAAAUAUGGAAAACAGAACUGAGCCUAGAAAGAAUUUAAUAAUAUUUUUCCUACAUUUAUUUUCUUCUCCAAAGAUUAAGAAAUGCAAAUUUCAAUAGCUACAUAGGAUUUCUUUUCUCAUCUUUCGAAUGUUGCAAAGAUAUUAAAGUCUCAUUCUGGGUUAGCAAGCCCAGGGAUCCAAAAGGUUUCCGAUGGGAUCUCAGUCUGUGGAGCUUUGCUCUCUCUUGCUUUGUUUCUGGACAGCUGAAUUGUGGCCUUGCUGCUCCAGUGCCUGAGAAGGUAGGGCUGAAGGCAGAAACACAGCAUAAAGAAAUCCUGUACUGAAGACAGACCAAGCUACAAUUGCUAUCAGAGUAGCAGCAUCACACUGGAGUGGAAAAAUCCUUUUCUGAAACGAAAUUUAGUGUUCUAGUUCAAUCUUCCAUCCUUCCCCCACCUUAUGCAGGGAAUGUGACUUAACUGUUAAUACAUGAUCUUAAAACAGGCCUUUAAGGGCACAAACCUUGAUUGAGCUGCCAAAAUGUGUGCAUCCUCUGCCAUCUGAGAUACCCUGCAGUACUCUGCCCAGUCUGCAACAGAAGAAGUUCCAGAAGGGCAAAACAUUUCCGCUUGACUGGUGCCAUGUCUGCCAGCCCCAUGUGUGCUGUGUGGGCCUCAGGUGGCAGGGGACAGUUAGGCAACUUAACCAAGUCCCUUUCUGAAGGGCUAACCAAGCCGAGCAGCACCAACGGCUGAAGUAAGGAGGAAAUCUUCUUUAGCAUUACCAAGGGCUUAGCAAGGCAUGACUGGGAGCCCAUCUCCAUGCUCCCAUGCUGUUCUCCCACCCCACACCAUGCGGGCUGGCCCUGCUCCUAUGGCCUGGAGCCCUGGCACCCUGCCCAGCCCUCACCUAGCGCAGGCCAGUGCCUGCACUCUAGGCCCUCGGAGUAGCAGCAAGAGCAGGCAUGGUCCCACCACACAGUGCAUUUUUUUUUUCUGACAGCGUCCAAAUAACCCCUUUCCAAAGCAUUUUCCUAUUCAAGACAGACUCACAGGCUCAGACACCAUUCAUUAGCCUCAUCAUUCUGAGGAUAAAAUACCUGUGUUUUUCUGUUUUGUUCUGCAUUUUGUCCAGUCAGGCAAAAUGCAAACUCUUUCUCAAAAAGGCUGUAAUGCCUUUAUUUAUUUAUUUUUUCUUUUAAUAUUUUAAGCAUCCUAAGCCAGUCCACUCCCAUCCUAAGCAGGUAGACUGGUAACCAAUACUACCUAAACAUCAUCAACGUCACGACUGCUCAUUGGAGUGAUUGGUUCAGGAUUAUUCAGUCUUGACAAUUUGAAUGUGGGAAGAUUUCAGAGGAGGAGGAGUCAGAUUGUAAAUAUCUCUUUGACAACACUGCUGCAUCACACACAAAAACGGGGAGAUACUUUUAAAACUGCCUUAAAAAUCAAUUCCGAAUGACGGAGUCUCCCUCCAAACAAUUGCCACUUGGUAGAUCAAAGGAUAAGUCGCUUUGGGUAAAUUCUGGCAAGAAGUGGUUGGAAUCUGGUCCAGUUUGGGAAGUGUAAAUGUAAUUUAGGAGCUGAUCUCUCACUCAGUCUGACUUCAUAUCCACACUAAUGACUGAGCACUGCAGGAUCAAAACUCCUUAAGGCAUGGGGUUGCUGUACCUGGCCUGUAUCUGUAUGGCGCGGUCUGGCUUGGCAAGGUACUGCAUACCUGUGUUUCCCGGUGACUUCAGGGAAGAUGGGGUUCCUCAGCACCUCUUCAGUUCAGGCCCUGGAGCAUCAUUUCCUGCUCUGAUCAUCAGCUAUAACUGUUGAUAAAUAUAAGUGUUUUGCCUUCAUUUGAAUUGCCCAGAGCUGUAAAAUGACCUCUCUCAAGUAUAAACCAGUCAGUCACCUCCUCUCCCACUCUUCCCUGUGCUCUCUGCCCACCCCAGCCCUCCUCUCACCUCCGCCCAAGUCCUUCCCUCUCUCAAGUCUUUACCUCCUUCCACAAUUUUAUAUCUAGUUUUCAUGAAGCCACAAAAAUGCUUUUGUAAAUAAUGCUGUACAGUUUGUAACCAUCAUGUAAGCCUGUCAUCAGUGCCAGAGUCCGUCUUGCCCUCUCGCACGUUUUAAAGUCAACAGAGAAAAGUUAGAGUGAAUGGCCCACAAGCGAGCUAUAGGGUCAUCUCUGUGUGGGACAAAUGUAUAUUCCUGUAAGAUUGCAUUUUUAUCUAAGGAAUGAUGUUAUUUUAAAAUUGCUAAUAAAUUUCUAAACAAUGUCCA